CCCAGCUCCUGCAGCAUGGACCUGCUCACGUCCUGGGCCGGUUCUGACCCGGCAGCGGUCCGGCUCCUCUGGGUCCUGCUCCUGGUGGCGGCCACCUUCCUCGUCUGGCUCUUCUUCUUCUGCUGCUACAGCUGGAACCAGAGUUCGUCGCGCUCCCUGGAGAGGUACCUGGCAGUGAUGGUGCGGUCCGGUUCUAAAGGCCCGGCGGCUCAGAGGAAGAAGAAGCUGAAGGAGAGGCCGGCAGCUCCGGCUCGGUCCGAACAUGCGGUUCUGAAGGAGGCUGCGGCUCUGGAUCAGGAGGCUCCUGGUGCUGCAGGGAUGAGGAGGAGGAGGAAGAGGCGGCCUCCUAAAGCCGGGACUCCAGUGGAAGCUCAGAAGGACAUGGAGGAGGUGAAGCCCAGGAGGAGGCCUCUGGUGCGGGCGGCGUCAGAGGAGAGCUCCAGCGACCUGAGCUCCAUCAGCUCUGCUCCGCUUCCCGGUGACACGCUGCCCUGGAACCUUCCCAAGCACCACCGGAUGAAGCGCUCCAAGUCGGCGUCAGGAGAUGUUCUGGACCCGGCGGAGAGGGCCGUGAUCCGGAUCGCAGACGAACGGGACCGGGUCCAGAAGAAGACGUUCACAAAAUGGGUCAACAAGCACCUGAUGAAGCACUGGAAGGCAGAGGCCCAGCGGCACAUCACCGACCUGUACGAGGACCUGAGGGACGGACACAACCUCAUCUCCCUGCUGGAGGUCCUCUCUGGAGAGACUCUGCCGAGGGAACGCGACGUUGUGAGGAACGUGCGGUUGCCGCGGGAGAAGGGCCGGAUGCGUUUCCACAAGCUGCAGAACGUCCAGAUCGCUCUGGACUUUCUCAAACACAGACAGGUCAAACUGGUCAACAUCAGAAACGAUGACAUCGCAGAUGGAAACCCAAAGCUGACCCUGGGUCUGAUAUGGACCAUCAUCCUUCACUUCCAGAUCUCGGACAUCCAGGUGAACGGUCAGUCGGACGACAUGACGGCCAAAGAGAAGCUGCUGCUGUGGUCCCAGCGGAUGGUGGAGGGCUACCAGGGUCUGCGCUGCGACAACUUCACCACCAGCUGGAGGGACGGCAGGCUCUUCAACGCCAUCAUUCACAAACACAGGCCCAGUCUGAUCGACAUGAAUCUGGUGUACCGGCAGACCAACCAGGAGAACCUGGAGCAGGCCUUCAGCGUGGCGGACCGAGAGCUGGGCGUCACCAGACUGCUGGAUCCAGAAGACGUGGAUGUUCCCCAUCCAGAUGAGAAGUCCAUCAUCACGUACGUCUCCUCGCUGUACGACGCCAUGCCGAGGGUCCCGGAUGUCCAGGACGGGAUAAAAGCCAACGAGCUGGAGCUGCGCUGGCAGGAGUACUACGAGGUGGUGACCCUGCUGCUCCAGUGGAUCCGACACCACAUCCUCGUCUUCGAGGAGAGGAAGUUUCCCAACAGCUACGAGGAGAUCGAGGUCCUCUGGCGUCAGUUCCUCAAGUUCAAGGAGACUGAGCUUCCGGCCAAAGAGGCGGACAAGAACCGCUCCAAACACAUCUUCAAGUCGUUUGAGGGCGCCGUCCAGGCCGGCCAGGUCAAGGUGCCUCCUGGUUACCAUCCGUUUGACGUGGAGAAGGAGUGGGGCCGGCUGCACGUCGCCAUCCUGGAGCGUGAGCGCCUCCUCCGGAUCGAGUUUGAGAGGCUGGAGCGGCUCCAGAGGAUCGUCAGUAAGGUCCAGAUGGAGUCGGGGGUGUGUGAGGAGCAGCUCAACCAGGUGGAGACGCUGCUGCAGACGGAUGUGAGGAUGAUGAGCGCCGGGAAACCUGCCCAGCACACCAGGGAGGUGGAGGCAGACCUGGAGAAAGCAGAAGGCAUGAUCCGCUUCCUCUUCAACGACGUGCAGCUGCUGAAAGACGGGCGCCACCUGCAGGCCGAACAGAUGUACCGCAGAGUAUACCGUCUCCACGAGAGGCUUGUAAACGUCCGCAGCGAGUACAACCUGCGGCUGAAGUCCGGUGUGACCACCGCACAGAUCCCCAUGACCCAGAUCCCCAUGACCCAGAUCCACACCACCCAGGUCCACACGGCCCAGGUCCUGCAGCAGGCCUCCUCCAGGGUGCGGCCCGAGCUGGACGAGGUCACCCUGCGCUACGUCCACGACCUGCUGGGCUGGGUGGAGGAGAACCAGCGGCGGGUGGAGGAGGGCGAGUGGGGCUCCGACCUGCCCAACGUGGAGACGCAGCUGGGCAGCCACCGCGGCCUGCACCAGUCCGUGGAGGAGUUCCGCUCCAAGAUCGAGAGGGCCAAGUCCGACGAGAGUCAGAUCUCUCCUGCCAGUAAGGCUGCGUACCGGGAAUAUCUGGACAAACUGGAGCAGCAGUACGGGAAGCUGCUGCACGCCUCCAAAGCUCGCCUGCGCUACCUGGUGGAGCUGCACGCCUUCGUCAGCGCAGCCACCAAAGAGCUGAUGUGGCUCAACGAGAAGGAGGAGGAGGAGGUCAACUUCGACUGGAGCGAACGGAACACCAACAUGGCCUCCAAGAAGGAGUGCUACUCGGGUUUGAUGAGAGAGCUGGAGCUCCGGGAGAAGAAGGUGAACGGCGUUCAGACCACAGGAGACAAGCUGCUGAGGGACGGACACCCCGGCAGACAGACCAUCGAGGCCUUCACCGCAGCGCUGCAGACUCAGUGGAGCUGGCUCCUCCAGCUGUGCUGCUGCAUCGAAACCCACCUGAAGGAAAACACGGCUUACUUCCAGUUUUUCGCUGACGUGAAGGAGGCUGAGGAGAGGAUGAAAAAGAUGCAGGAGGUGAUGAAGAGGAAGUACACAUGCGACCGCUCGGUCACAGUGACACGGCUGGAGGACCUCCUGCAGGACGCUGCUGAUGAGAAAGAGCAGCUGGCUGAGUUCAACACCCACCUGGAAGGUCUGAAGCGCCGGGCCAAGACCGUGGUCCAGCUGAAGCCGCGCAACCCAGCCAGCGCCAUCAAGGGCAAGCUGCCCAUCCAGGCCGUCUGCGACUUCAAACAGAUGGAGAUCACGGUCCACAGAGGAGACGAGUGCGCUCUGCUCAACAACUCGCAGCCGUUUAAGUGGAGGGUUCUGAACGACAAAGGCAGCGAGGCGUCCGUGCCGUCCAUCUGCUUCCUGGUGCCGCCCACCAAUAAGGACGCAGUGAACAGCGUUGCCGGGCUGGACGGGAACCUGCAGCGGCUGCAGUCCAUGUGGCAGAUGAUGUUCGUGGACCUGAAGAGCCUGUUGUCCUGGCAGUACCUGAUGAGAGACAUCCACAUCAUCAACACCUGGAACGUCACCAUGUUUAAGACUCUGCGGGUGGAGGAGUACCGGCUGGCUCUGAGGAACCUGGAGCAGCACUACCAGGACUUCCUGAGGGACAGUCAGGACUCCCAGAUGUUCGGGGCAGAGGACCGCAUGCAGGUGGAGUCCAACUACAACCGAGCCAACCAGCACUACCAGACCAUGGUCAGCUCUGCAGAGCAAGGCUCGGUGCCGCCCAGAGCAGGAGAACAAGACGAGUCGGUGUGUAGGACGUACCUGACGAAGAUCAAGGACCUCCGCCUGAGGCUGGAGGGCUGCGAGACCCGGACGGUGACCCGCCUCCGGCAGCCGGUGGACAAGGAGCCGCUGAAAGCCUGCGCCACCAAGACGGCGGACCAGAUGAAAGUCCAGUCGGAGCUGGAGGGCUUGAAGAAGGACCUGAGCUCCAUCGCUGAGAAGACGGAGGAGGUUCUGACGUCUCCUCAGCAGUCCAGCUCGGCUCCCACGCUGCGCUCUGAGCUGGACCUCACCCUGAAGAAGAUGGAGCACGUCUACGGGCUCUCCACCGUCUACCUGGACAAGCUGAAGACCAUCGACGUGGUGAUCAGGAACACGAACGACGCUGAAGACGCUCUGAAGAACUACGAGACCCGCCUGAGAGACGUCAGCAAGGUUCCUGCCGACGAGGCGGAGGUGGAGGCCCGGCGCAGCCAGCUGAAGGCGAUGCGCGGCGAGGCCGAGGCCGACCAGGCCGUCUUCGACCGGCUGCAGGACGAGCUGCGGCGAGCGACCGCCAUCAGCGACAAGAUGAGCCGGCUGCACGGCGAGCGGGACACCGAGCUGGACCACUACCGGGCGCUGGUGGCGGGCCUGCUGGAGCGCUGGCAGGCCCUGUUCGCUCAGCUGGACCUGCGGCUGCGGGAGCUGGACCUCCUGGGGCGCCGCAUGAGGAGCUACAGGGAGAGCUACGAUUGGCUGAUCCGCUGGCUGGGGGAGGCCCGGCAGCGGCAGGAGAAGAUCCAGGCGGUGCCCAUCGGAGACGGGAAGGCUCUCCGGGACCAGCUGGCAGAGGAGAAGAAACUCCUGGAGGAGAUCGAGAAGAACAAAACCGAGGUUGAAAGCUGUCAGAAAAACGCCAAAGCUUACAUCGAUUCCGUCAAGGACUACGAGCUCCUGGUGCUGACCUACAGAGCUCUGCAGGAUCCCACGGCGUCUCCUCUGAAGAAGCCCAGGAUGGAGGUCGCCUCAGACAGCAUCAUCCAGGAGUACGUCACCCUGAGGACCCGCUACAGCGAGCUGAUGACCCUCACCAGCCAGUACAUCAAGUUCAUCACCGAGACGCAGCGCCGCCUGGAGGACGACGAGAAAGCUUCAGAAAAACUGAAGGAAGAGGAAAGAAGAAAGCUGGCAGAGAUGCAGGCUGAGCUAGAGAAGCAGAAGCAGCUGGCUGAAGUUCAGGCUCAGUCCAUGGCCAAAGCAGAGCAGGAGGCCCAGGAGCUGAAGCUGAAGAUGAAGGAGGAGGCCAACAGGCGGCAGGACGUGGCCGUGGACUCCGAGAAGCAGAAGCAGACCAUCCAGCAGGAGCUGCAGCAGCUGAGGAGUCUGUCCGAGCAGGAGAUCAAGUCCAAGAGCCAGCAGCUGAAGGAGGCGCUGGACAGUCGCACCAAGAUCGAGGAGGAGAUCCACAUCAUCCGAAUCCAGCUGGAGACCACCAUGAAGCAGAAAACCACGGCCGAGUCCGAGCUCCAGAACCUCAGAGACAAAGCCGGCGAGGCCGAGAAGCUCCGCAAAGCCGCUCAGGACGAGGCGGAGAGGCUCCGCAAGCAGGUGGCCGAGGAGAGCCAGAGGAAGAAAAGCGCUGAAGAUGAGCUGAAGCGCAGAGCUGAAGCCGAGAAGGAGGCGGCCAGGCAGAAGCAGAAAGCCCUGGAGGAGCUGCAGAAGUUCAAGAUGCAGGCGGAGGAAGCAGAGAGGCGCGUGAAGCAGGCCGAGGAGGAGAAGCUGAGGCAGAUCCGAGUGGUGGAGGAGGUGGCGCAGCAGAGCGCCGUCACCCAGAUGCAAUCCAAGGCCGUGUUGUUCAGCGAAAAGACCACCGAGCUGGAGAAGUGUCUGAAGAAGGAGCAGGGCACGGUCCUGCAGCUGCAGGAGGAAGCCGAGCGGCUCCGGAAGCAGCAGGAGGAGGCCAACAAAGCCAGGGAGCAGGCGGAGCAAGAGCUGGAAACAUGGAGGCAGAAGGCCAACGAGGCCCUGCGCCUGCGGCUGCAAGCGGAGGAGGUGGCUCAGAAGAAGAGCCAGGCUCAGGAGGAAGCAGAGCGGCAGAAGGUGGAAGCCGAACGCGAUGCCAAGCGGAGGACGAAGGCCGAGGAAGCUGCCCUCAAGCAGAAGGACAACGCCGAGCAGGAGCUGGAGAAGCAGAGGCAGUUCGCCGAGCAGAUCGCUCAGCAGAAGCUGUCCGCCGAGCAGGAGUGCAUCCGCUUGAAGGCCGACUUCGAGCACGCCGACCAGCAGAGGGCGCUGUUGGACAGCGAGCUCCAGCGCCUGAAGGACGAGGUGAGCGCGGCAGAAAGCCAGAGGAAGCGGCUGGAAGAGGAGCUGGCCAAAGUGCGCAGCGAGAUGGACGCCCUGCUGCAGAUGAAGGUCAAGGCGGAGAAGGAGACGCUGUCGAAGACGGAAAAGAGCAAGCAGCUCCUGGAGUCGGAGGCGCUGAAGAUGAAGCAGCUGGCGGAGGAGGCCGCCCGGCUGAGAGCGGUGGCCGAGGAGGCGAAGAAGCAGAGGCAGGCGGCAGAAGAAGAGGCAGCGCAGCAGAGAGCCGAGGCCGAGAAGAUCCUCAAGGAAAAACUGGCCGCCAUCAACGAGGCGACGCGCGUCAAGACCGAAGCGGAGAUCGCCCUGAAGUCCAAGGAGGCGGAGAACGAGAGACUGAAGAGGAAGGCGGAGGAGGAGGCCUAUCAGAGGAAGCUCCUGGAGGACCAGGCUGCCCAGCACAAGCAGGAGAUAGAGGAGAAGAUCACUCAGCUGCAGGGCUCCUCUCAGUCGGAGCUGCACAGGCAGAAGACGGUGGUGGAGGAGACGCUGAGGCAGAAGAAGGUGGUGGAGGAGGAGAUCCACAUCAUCAGGGUCAACUUUGAGAAGGCGUCGAGGGAGAAGUCCGACUUGGAGCUGGAGCUGAAGAAGCUGAAGGACGCCGCCGACCAGACGCAGAAGAGCAAAGCCAAAGCCGAGGAGGAGGCGGAGAAGCUGAAAAAACUGGCAGCCGAGGAGGAGAAGAAGAGGAAGGAGGCCGAGGAGAAGGUGAAGAGGAUCACCGCAGCAGAGGAAGAGGCGGCUCGGCAGUGCAAAGCCGCCCAGGAGGAGGUGGAGCGGCUCAAGAAGAAGGCGGAGGAAGCCAACAAGCAGAGAGCCGCCGCCGAGAAGGAGGCAGAGCGGCAGGUGGUGCUGGUCCAGGAGGCGGCCCAGAAAUGCAGCGCCGCCGAGCAGAAGGCCCAGAACGUCCUCAGCAAGAACAAAGAAGACGUCCUGGCUCAGGAGAAGCUCAGAGACGAGUUCAAGAGCGCCAAGAAGCUCGCCGAGGCGGCCGAGAAGGCCAAGGAGAAAGCAGAGAAGGAGGCCGCGGCGCUUCGGCAGAAAGCCCAGGAGGCCGAGACGCAGAGGAAGGCUGCAGAAGACGAAGCUGCGAAACAAGCCAAGGCUCAGCAGGACGCCGAGAGACUGAGGAAGGAGGCGGAGGAGGAGGCGUCGAGGCGAGCCGCGGCCGAAGCUGCGGCGCUGAAGCAGAAGCAGCAGGCGGAUGCAGAGAUGGCCAAACACAAGAAAGAGGCUGAGAAGGCGCUGAAGCAGAAGAGCCAGGUGGAGAAGGAGCUUUCAGCCAUCAAGCUGCAGCUGGAGCAAACGGACAAGCAGAGAGGAGUGCUGGACGCCGAGCUGCAGAGGGUCAAAGGUGAAGUCAACGAAGCCGUGAAGCAGAGAGCACAGGUGGAGGAAGAACUUUCCAAAGUCAAGCAUCAGAUGGACGAGCUCCUCAAAGCUAAACUCAAGAUCGAGGAGCAAAACCGGCUCCUCAUGCAGAAAGACAAAGACAGAACCCAGAAGUUACUCCAGGAGGAGGCGGAGAAGAUGAAGACGCUGGCAGCAGAAGCUGCCCGGCUCGCCGUGGAGGCUGAAGAGGCGGCCAAGCAGAGACAGAUCGCCGAGUCGGAUCUGGCCGAACAACGACUCCUGGCAGAGAAGAUGCUGAAGGAGAAGAUGCAGGCCAUCCAGGAGGCCACCAGGCUGAAGGCUGAAGCAGAGGAGCUGCAGAAACUGAAGGAGCAGGCCCAGCAAAAGGCCAAGAAACUGCAGCAGGACAAACAACAGAUCCAGCAGCGCCUGGAGAAGGAGACCGAGGACUUCCAGAAGUCUCUCGAGACGGAGCGAUCCAGGCAGCGGGAAGCGUCUGCUGAGGCGGAGAAGCUGAAGCUCAGAGUCAAGGAGCUCAGCGACGCUCAGGCGAAAGCCGAAGAGGAGGCCAAGAAGUUCAGGAAGCAGGCGGACGAAGCUAAAGCCCGACUCCAAGACUCCGAAAAGCAAGUGUCAGAAACUGUUGUGGCGAAGCUGGAGACGCAGAUGCAGCAGAGCUCCAGAGAAGCCGACGGACUGAAGAGAGCCAUAUCUGAGCUGGAGAACGAAAAGAAGAAGCUGAGAAAAGACGCCGAGGAGCUUCAGAAGAAAACUCAAGAGAUGGCGACAGCCCAGCAGCAGCAGAUUGAGCAGCAGAAAGUGCAGCUUCAGCAAUCUUUCCUCACUGAGAAGGAGUUGCUGCUGAAAAGAGAAAAAACUGUCGAAGACGAGAAAAAGAAGCUGGAGAAGCAGUACGAGGAGGAAGUGAAAAAGGCCAAAGCCUUUAAGGAAGAACAGGAGCGUCAGCGAGCGCUCAUGGAGGAGGAGAGGAAGAAGCUGCAGGCCGUGAUGGACGAAGCCGUGAAGAGGCAGAAGGAGGCCGAGGCAGAGAUGAAGGCCAAGCAGGAGGAGAUGGAAAUGCUGGAAAAGAAGAGGCUGGAGCAGGAAAAGCUCCUGGAAGAGGAGAACAAAAAGCUGAGGGAGAAAGUGCAGAGUUUGGAGGUCGCUUCUAAAGAGAGUGCGUCUGAGACAAAAGAGAUGGAAGUCCAGACGGAGAAAGUUCCUGAGGAGCAGCUGGUCUCAAUGACGGUGGUGGGAACAACACAGAAGGUUCUGAACGGGUCGGUGGAAACGGACGGGGGGAAGAAAGACGGAAGAUCUCCCCUAGCGUUUGAUGGAAUCAGAAAGAAGGUUCCUGCAGAGAGACUUUUCGAAAUUGGCGUCCUUACCAAGAAGGACAUGGACAAACUGAAGAAAGGCAAAGUCUCGCCGCAGGAGCUUGAAAAGACGGACAAGGUUCGAUCUUGUCUGAAGGGCCAGAGCUGCGUUGGGGGCGUCCUGACGCCGUCCAAGGAGAAAAUGAGCGUCUACAAGGCCAUGGCGGAGAGCAAGCUCGCCCCAAGCUCUGCUGCCAUGCUUCUGGAAGCUCAGGCUGCUUCAGGCUACGUCGUCGAUCCAGUGAAGAAUAAACUCCUCUCCGUAGACGAGGCUGUGAAGGAGGAUCUAGUUGGGCCUGAACUCCAUGAGCGUUUGCUUUCUGCUGAGCGAGCAGCCAGCGGCUUCAAAGAUCCGUUCACCGGAGCUACCAUCUCCCUGUUUGAGGCCAUGAAGAAGGGUCUGAUCGACCAAGAGCAAGCCACCAAGUUCCUGGACGUGCAGCUAGCGACGGGCGGGAUCGUGGAUCCCAUCAACAGUCACAGAGUCCCGCUUCAGACUGCCUACAAGCAGGGGCAGUUUGAUGCCGACAUGAACAAGAAGCUCACGGAUCCCAGCGAUGAUUCCAAGUUAUUCACUGAUCCCAGUACUCAGGAGCCGCUCACCUACAAACAGCUGCUGGACAAAUGUACCAAAGACCCGGAGACUGGCCUGCUGAUGCUGCCGGUGACAGAAAAGGCCGGUCAGGCAGAGAGAACCUACACGGACAUGGAGACCAAAGAGGUGUUCAGCAGGUCCAAGGUCGACGUCCCGUUUGGAAAGUUUAAAGGAAAAACCGUCACCAUCUGGGAGGUGAUAAAUUCAGAGUAUUUCACCGAGGAGCAAAGAAGAGAACUGAUCCGCCAGUACAAGACGGGCAAGAUCACCGUGGAGAAGGUCAUCAAGAUCGUCAUCACUGUUGUGGAAGACAAGGAGAAGGAGGGUGGGAAUGUGUUCAGUGGUCUGAGGGCUCCGGUGACUGCCAACGAGCUCCUGGAGUCUAAGAUCAUAAACAAAGACUUGUUCAACAAACUGAGCAAUGGGAAGAUCUCAGUGAAGGAGGUUUCUGAGAUGGAGGCUGUGAAAAAGGCCCUGCAAGGAACGCCUAGCAUCGCGGGGCUCCUGAACGAAGCGACUAAGGAGAAGAUGGCUUUCUAUCAAGCCUUGAAAAAAGAACUGCUCUCCCCAGAGACGGCUGUGAAUCUCCUCGAAGCGCAGGCGGCAACAGGGUUUCUGAUCGAUCCUGUAAAAAACCAACGCAUGCCUGUUGAUGAAGCUGUCAAAUCGGGUCUUGUCGGUCCAGAGCUGCAUGAGCGUCUCCGGUCGGCAGAGCGAGCCGUCAGCGGCUACAGUGAUCCGUACACCGGCAAAAAGGUCUCCGUUUUUCAAGCCAUGAGCAAAGGCCUAGUAAAGAAAGACCAGGGCAUCCGUCUGCUAGAAGCCCAGCUUUCCACAGGAGGAGUUAUCGACCCCAUUAAGAGCUGCCGCGUCCCUAAUGACGUGGCCUGCAAGCGAGGAUACUUUGAUGAAGAAAUCAGCAAGACCUUGAACCAAAACACAGACGAGACAAAACUAUUUUAUGACCCCAACUCACAGGAGGAUGCCACCUACGCACAACUCAUGGAUAAAUGUGUGACGGACAAAGAGACGGGGCUGCCUCUGCUCCCCCUGUCAAAGAAGGCUCCAAAGCCAAAGGAGGACAAACAGAUAACCGAGGCCAAAACGAAAGAGGCGCUAAACCAGGAGACCAUGGAGCUGGAGUACGGACCUUUCAAAGGCAGGAAAGUCACCGUUUGGGAGAUCAUAAACUCUGAGUACAUCACAGAGGAACAGAGAAUAGAACUGAUCCGUCAGUAUCGAAUGGGACUGGUAACAAUUGAGAGGCUGAUAAAGAUUGUGAUAACAACAGUUUACGAAAAAGAGAACAAACCAAAGGAAGAAGCUGGUUUUGAAGGCCUGAGAGGACCGGUCACUGCCGCCUCACUGCUCGACUCCAACGUCAUCGACAAAGCCACGUUUGACCAACUCCAGCAGGGGAAAAAGCUUCCCAAAGAAGUCAGUGAGAAUGAGAAAGUCCGCAAGUACCUGCGUGGCACUGACCGAAUCGAUGGCGUCACUAUGGAAGACUCUGACGAGAAGUUUAGCAUCUAUGAGGCAAUGAAGAGGCACAUGUUACAGCACAACACUGGACUGGCACUGCUGGAGGCCCAAGCUGGCACCGGAUUUAUAACCGAUCCAGUGAAAAACCAGCAGUACUCUGUGGACGACGCCGUGAAGGCUGGAGUAGUUGGCCCUGAGCUUCACGAGAAACUGCUGUCGGCUGAAAAAGCAGUGACUGGAUACCGUGACCCUUACACGGGCAAUAAGAUCUCCCUGUUCCAAGCCAUGAAGAAAGAGCUGGUGCUGAGGGAACACGCCAUUCCUAUUCUAGAAGCCCAGAUUACAACCGGAGGCGUGAUCGAUCCCGUCAGCAGCCAUCGCGUUCCCAACGACGUCGCCGUCCAGCGCGGCUUCUGUACUAAAGAAAUGUUAAAAUCGUUCAACGAACCGACGGGCGACAUCAAGGGCUUCACCAACCCCAACACCAACGAAAGGGCGACUUACAAACAGCUGCUGGAGAAAUGCAGAAGAGAUCCCAGCACCGGUCUGUGCUACCUGCCUCUGUCGAAGGUGGAAGCUCCCGCAACCACGGAGAAAUCCUACGAAUACACCGAGGAGCAAGCUCAGAAAGAUCUGACCAACACCCAGAUUGAGAUCCCGCAUCCCAGCUUUGCAGGAAAGAGCAUGACCGCCUGGGAGGUCAUGAACUCAAACAUGCUCCCUGAAGAGGAGAGGCUGCGGCUUCUGGAGCAGUAUCGCUUGGGCCACAUCACAAAGGAAAGGAUGCUCAUCAUCAUCAUCGAAAUCAUCGAGCAAAGAGAGACGCUGAAGCUGGAGCAGAGCAUCUCGUGUGACGUGAUCAGGAGAAGAGUUACCAUCGAGGAGCUGUACAGUUCUCGGAUCAUUGACCUGCACACGUACAACCUCCUGAAACAAGAGAAGAUGAGCAUCCGAGAGGUGAUGGAGAUGCCUUCGGUCAAGCAGUACCUCUUUGGCACCGGUUGCAUAGCAGGGAUUUUAUCAGACACUCCUUCUAAAAUCAGCAUUUACCAGGCUAUGAAGAAUGGCAAGAUUAAACCCCAAGUUGCUCUGAAGCUCCUGGAGGCGCAGGCAGCAACAGGAUUCAUGAUUGAUCCAGUAAAAGACGAGCUCCUAACAGUUGAUGAAGCCGUACGCAAGGGCCUUGUUGGCCCGGAGCUCCAUGACAAGCUUCUCUCAGCUGAGCGUGCAGUGACUGGAUACAGGGACCCGUACAGCGGAAAGGUUAUUUCUCUCUUCCAGGCCAUGAAGAAAGACCUGGUUCCUGAAGACUAUGCCUUGAGCCUUCUGGAGGCCCAGAAUGCCACCGGAGGACUGAUGGAUCCCGAAUACUACUUCCACCUCCCUGUAGAUGUGGCCCUGCAGCGUGGAUACAUCAACAGGGAAACCCUGGACCGGAUAACCGAGCCUACGGCAGAUGUGCGCGGUUACGUCGACCCAACGACGGACGAGGAUCAGACCUACGCGCAGCUGCUGAAGAGAUGCAGAGUGGAUAAAGACAGCGGGCUGCGGCUGCUUUCCUUGGCGGACAGACGGCUUCUCUUCAAGGGUCUUAGAAAACAAAUCACUGCAGAUGAGCUCCUCCGUUCACAGAUUAUUGACCAGAAGACCUACAAUGAACUCAUUGAAGGCAUCAUCACGGUGGAAGAGGUCAGCAGAGAACUGAAGAAGUACCUUGAGGGCAGCAGCUGUAUCGCGGGCGUGUACGUGGAAUCUACCAAAGACCGCCUUUCCAUUUACCAGGCGAUGAAGAAGAACAUGAUCAGGCCAGGAACCGCCUUUGAGCUGCUCGAAGCUCAAGCCGCUACAGGAUAUGUCAUCGAUCCCAUCAAGAACCUGAAGCUGAAUGUCACAGAAGCUGUAAAACUGGGAGUCGUUGGCCAAGAGUUUAAAGACAAACUCCUCUCAGCCGAACGAGCUGUCACCGGCUACAGAGACCCCUACUCAGGCCAGGUCGUUUCUCUGUUCCAGGCAAUGAAAAAGGAUCUCAUCCUGAAAGACCACGGGAUCCGGCUGCUGGAGGCCCAGAUCGCCACGGGGGGGAUAAUCGAUCCUCAGGGGAGCCACCGUCUGCCAGUUGAAACGGCUUAUGAGCGCGGCCUCUUCGAUGAGGAAAUGAACACGAUCCUCACUGACCCCUCCGACGACACCAAGGGCUUCUUUGACCCAAACACAGAGGAGAACCUCACCUACCUGCAGCUGAUGGAGAGAUGUAUGACGGACCCUGAGACCGGCCUUCGCCUCCUGCUGAUGAAGGAGAAGAAACGGGAGAGGAAGACGUCUUCCAAGUCUUCGGUUCGCAAACGGCGGGUCGUCAUCGUUGAUCCGGAGUCGGGCAAAGAGAUGUCCGUGUAUGAAGCAUAUCAAAAAGGUCUCAUUGACCAGCAGACCUACAUGGAGCUGUCAGAGCAGGAGUGUGAAUGGGAGGAGAUAACCUUAACCUCCUCUGAUGGAGUUGUAAAGUCCAUGAUCAUCGACAGAAGGUCCGGACGGCAGUACGACAUCGAUGAUGCAAUCUCAAGAGGCCUGAUCGACAAGUCUGCUCUGGAUCAGUACCGCUCUGGAACACUGUCCAUCACAGAGUUUGCGGACAUGCUGUCUGGGAACAUGAGCGGCAGCAGAUCACGUUCUUCCUCCUUUGGCUCCUCCUCCUCCUACACCGCGAGUCCGAUACCUUCCAUAAAGACACCAGCGACCACGUGGAACGACCCAACCGAGGAGACCGGGCCUGUGGCUGGAAUACUGGACACAGAGACGCUGGAGAAGGUUUCGGUCACAGAGGCCAUUCACCGGAACCUCGUGGACAAUAUAACAGGCCAACGGCUGCUGGAAGCUCAGGCCUGCACUGGCGGGAUUAUCGACCCCAACACCGGAGAGAAGUUCUCUCUGACAGACGCCAUGAAUAAGGGACUUGUGGAUAAGAUCAUGGUGGACCGCAUCAGUUUAGCUCAGAAGGCGUACAACGGGUUUGAGGAUCCCAGAACUAAGACUAAAAUGUCCGCUGCCCAAGCUCUGAAGAAAGGAUGGCUUUACUACGAGGCUGGACAGCGGUUCCUUGAGGUCCAGUAUCUCACCGGUGGGCUGAUCGAGCCAGACGCUUCUAGCAGAGUCCCCAUCGAUGAGGCGGUGAAGAAGGGCACCUUAGACACCCGCACAGCCCAGAAGCUACGAGACGUCAGCGCAUAUUCCAAAUACCUCACCUGCCCCAAGACCAAGCUGAAGAUCUCCUACAAGGAUGCCAUGGAAAGAAGCAUGAUCGAGGAAGGGACCGGUCUGCGUCUGCUCGAAGCGUCGUCUCAGUCCACCAAAGGCCUUUACAGUCCCUACAGCAUCAGCGGUUCUGGUUCAGCUACUGGAUCCCGCUCCGGUUCCAGAACUGGUUCCAGGUCAGGCUCCAGAAGAGGGAGCUUUGAUGCCACAGGGUCUAGUUUCACAACUACCUUCUCGUCGUCGUCCUAUGGCUCACCGAGCUACAGCCGGCGGUACUGAGCAGGAGGAUGUGCUGUAGAACCACAACGCUCACCAGAUGCCUACUUCCCUGUGGAAUAAAGACCUCCUUUAUUCUGCUCUGCAUGGGCGUGUCAAAACACUUUUAAGUUUUCAUUUUCUGCCAACUUAUUCCUUCAGUUUAUUGUAUAUUUUAGACUCGCUGUUAGGCCCGCCGCGUAUGGCGCCUCUUCAGAUCCACCAUCUGUUCUGUUGGCAGAGCAACAAACGUCUCAGUUGUACAUGACUUUUUUAAAUGUUGAUUUUAAAAUGCGCAUUUAGUCUUCCAGAAACACACAUUUAUUUCCUAAAAACACCGCCGGACUGUUAGCAGAACCAAAUUGGAUGUACAAACUAAGGUUUCUGGACAUGUGUAUAUUUCUGGAAUCAAGACAAAAAGCUUCUCUGCAGAGCAGAAUAUGGAGUCUAUCAAACGUCUGCUUAGAGAACGCCAAGCUUCAAGAUCUUUACUCUGCUGGGCCACACUGCCAUAUUUACUCUAAAACGCAUAAAGCAAACUUCAUAACCACACAGCCGUCAUAAAUCCUGCAGUCAGAGCAACGUGAGCACGCUGGAAUAAUCCUCACCUGGAGACAAACACGACGACCAACAUCUGACACCAACUGAUAUAAAUCCCUGCUUUUCCUGGAAGCCCAGAGAGCUCUUGGUUCUCCUCCAGCUCGUUGCUCAGACGUCAGCUUCAGACGUUGUGUGGACUCUGCUCUUCAGGAUUUAACGCCACCGUGCUGAAACACAACCGCUGCUCCGCUGCUUAGUUUGGUGGAUUUGUACAGAUCUGCAGAACACGUUCUCCGUUUCACAGGGAACCUUAGGAGGCGGUGCAGACCUUAAACUGACGCAUGGAAAAGAAAUAAAAGUUGGUACGCUGAGAUUUGAAGCCUUUUUAGCCAGGAUUAACAUUUUCAGACGACUUUUUCAUUUCACAGAAACCUUUAGUUCCCUCAGAGAGCCGAGGUAAAAGCCAUGAGUUAACAUCGCUUUGAGAAAGAUCUUUAAGCUUUGCCGCACACCCAGUGUUUGUUUUUGACACUAAACUUGUUUUCAUGUUCUUUGUAAAGCAGCACAUUUGAUCUAUAUCUCCUUUUAUUUUCAUAUUCUGUAUUUCUGCUUUGCAUGGUUUACUAACAUAUAAAAGAUGCAACAGUUAUAUCCUUCAAAGCUUAUUUUUUGCAAUGUUUCCAGAGGUUUGAAGGAAGUGUUUUAGUGAGAGGUCAUCAAGCCUUCUUUGAAAUGGUGUAUUUAUAAGAAAUGGGACGAAAUGGGAAGUUUGUUGUUACACCUUAAGCCUGUAAAUAAACACAAAUUAAAAGAAAAAA